CAAGGUGGUGUGGUUAUUCUAACACUGUCCCUGAUCAGCGAGGCGAGCGGGUGCUUUAAUUAGGUGGAGUGCGGUAGAAGGUGGCUUCUGCUUUUGCUGUCAGGUUUCAGUGAGCCAAAGAGCAAUGCUUCACCUGGGACUUGGUCUGGGGCAAAUGGUGUCUCGAGCCUGGAAGCGGGCCGUUACUUAUGGAACGCGGACCCAUUGUCUCGACACGGGGGAGACGGUCGGAGGCGCUCACGGGGUUCUCCACGAGACCGCCAGAGUGGACCGCUUCGGCGCGGUCACUGCCCAUCUGGAGCCCAGGCACUUUCCGCCAGAACUGGAUGAGAUCACAUUUCAAAACAUACUAAAGGAUGCUGUCAAGCACUGGAAAGCAGAAGGCAGGGUAGCAGUCUGGCUGCAUGUUCCUAUACUCCAGAGCAGGUUUAUACCUGGAGCAGCUGCUCAAGGUUUUAAAUUUCACCAUGCGGAAGAGGACCAAUCCACGUUGGCACUGUGGCUAUCUAAAGGGGAAAGCAGACUUCCUGCUUAUGCCACACAUCAAGUUGGCGUGGCAGGUGCUGUGUUUGAUGAAGCCACUGGUAAAGUUCUGGUUGUGCAAGAUAAGAAUAAGAUAAAAUAUGCUUGGAAGUUUCCAGGAGGCCUCUCUGAUCUAGGUGAAGAUAUCGGUGAAACAGCUGUGCGAGAAGUAUUUGAAGAGACUGGAAUAAGGUCCAAAUUUAUAUCGCUUCUCAGCAUCAGGCAACAGCAUAACCAUCCAGGAGCCUUUGGGAAAUCAGACAUGUACAUUGUUUGUCGUCUGAAAGCAGUCUCAUUUGACAUCAGUUUUUGCCAAGAAGAAUGCCUGCGGUGCGAAUGGAUGGAUCUGGAGGAAUUGGCCAGAAGUGAACACACGACUCUUAUAACCAGCAGGAUAGCCAAGCUGUUGUUUUAUGGAUUCAGGGAAGGCUUUGACAAGAUUGAUGUAAAUAUGAGAGAAUUUCCAGCAGUUUAUACAGGGCUUUUUUACAAGCUUUAUCAUAAAGAAUUACCAGAGAAAUACGAGAAGGUGCAACUGAAUGGAAUCAAAUAGAUUGAAGGAAAAUAAUUGCUGUAAAGAUUAGAAAUUCAAUUUGUUCUAGUUUGUUCAAUCAAAUAAACAAAUUAAAUAACUGAUGAGCUAUAUAAUGGGUAAAAUCCAAUUUUGUUCAGUGUUGAGAAGUAUAUCUUCGCAACAUUUUUAUUCAAAUGUAAAAACCAAGCUUCCUGAUACAUCACUUAAAUUUUGAAAAUGACAGAUUCCCUCAGGUUCAUAGUUCAUAUGUUUAAAUACUGAAUUAAAGACACAUACAAAAUGCCUCAUAAUUAUCAUCAUUGGUUCAUCCAUUUCUUCCUCCUUAAAAUUGUGUUUACAGAAGAACUUGCAGCAUAUUUUCAUUUCUUUGUAACUUUACAAAAAACAGUAGGGAAAGAGUACUAAACAGCAAGUGUCCUUUUAGAAUAUAUUUGGGUAUAUCAACAAGGUUUACUUUUAUAUUUUUGUUUUAAAAAUCAGAGUAAAUAUCCUAAAAGCAUUUAAAGAACUUAAUUGUACAAAUAUGACCCUAUAUAUGCAUCACAUCAAAUAUAUUAAGGAAAAAAAGAAGCGGACAGGUUUAGGGAAGGAAUUCCAGAGCAGAGAGCUAGGCAGCUAACGGCAAGAUAUUACAUGUGGGAGGUCACCAGGAAUGUGUACAAGACCAGAGUCAGAGAAGUGCAGAGUUCUCAAAUGGUUGAGAGCUUGAAGCUACUACAAGAUUGGGAAUUGGCAAUAUUUGGAUUAAAAAAGGUUAAAAAAAGUUAGAUUGCAGCAUUGCUAGACCAAGAAGCAACGUUGGUCAGCAUCUUGAGGGGUUACGGCUAAGCACGACUUGGUGUAAAUUAGCAUUCUGACAGCAGUUUUGAAUUAGAUUGAUGUUAAAAAAGGUAUAAGGGUAGAGGUGGGAGGUUGUCAGGAAAGCAUUGGAAUAGCUGCAUAAUUGCAUUUGGAGGUUAAAACAUAGAUGAGGGAUUCAGCAGCUGAUGAAGGAAGGAUGAUAGAUAGUAUUUCAGAGUUUGCAGGCAGUCACGGUGAUGGUCGUUUUGUGUUUGGUAGCCCAGCUCAGAGGCAGAUAGGAAAACUCGUCAAAUAAUAAUGAUGCAAAUAGUCUGGCUCAAUUUCACCAAGUGGCCAAUAAUGGGUAUGCAAACAGUGACUAGCAAACAGAGUUUGUAGCAAAGGCUUAAGAUAAUAGCUUCAGACAUCAAAAUACUUUGGACUUUUACAGCUUUGAAAACAAUACUCUUGGUAAAUGGAAGCUAAUUUAUAAUAAAUGUACCAAUUUGUUUUAUACCACCUUCAAUAACAUUCUUCAGGCUACAGUAUAAUGUUUUCCACAUGAAAUCAAUGUUGGGAAAGAUUAUGCAAAAUACCACACCAAGGGGAGGGGGGACAGAGAGGGAAAAGGCAAAAAAAGUGAAUUAACUCAGCAGAUUCACUUCAGUCUCCUUAUAAUAUGUAGGAUGGAAGGGAAGGGAGCUUUGAAGGGAAACAGAUGUAUUUUUUUUUUAAAAAAAGGUGUGUCCAUGGAGAUGCAUCCAGUAGAGACUCUAUUUGUGAUGGUCUGGUUGUGUUUAAUUUCCAAAUCAAUGCUGUAUUGUUUUGGUUGAAAUUUGAAUGUCAGUGUCACAAUCCAGAGCAUCAGUUACAUAAAGUAUUCUUUCACUGUAACUAUGUUUAUUAAAGCACAGUUACGAUGUCAUAUGCUCAAUGUCGCUAAAAGCAAGCACAUAAUCCUAUAGGGUUUGUUAGUUUUACUCAAUACAUUAUUGAUCCAUACUAUUUUAGUUCAUAUUAAUGGCUAGAGCUAUUCUUGUUAAUCAAGACCUUAGCCAUAAAAGGACAAGGUCCAGUCCAACCUAAUUUACAUAUAUUCAUUUAAGUAACAUAUAUUGAUCAUUCAGAAUGGAGCUGGAGGAACACAGCAGAACAGGCAGCAUCACAGGAGAAGGAAAGUUGACAUUUCGGGUCAGAACCCUUCUUCAUAAAUGGGGAGGGCGAAGGGAGCUGGGAAAUAAAUAGAGAGGGGGGUUGGGCUAGGGAUGGUGAUAGAUAAAUGCAGGUAGGGAGUGGUGGGAUUUGGUCAGUGGGAUUGGAGAGGCAGACAGGUGGGAGAGAAAGUGGACAGGUUGUGUAUUCCCAUGUCCAAGCCUCCCUCUCAUCCCUGCCUCCUUGACCUGACACAACCUGUCCAUUUUCUCUCCCAAAUAUCUGCCCAUCCCACUGACCAAUCCCCACCGCUCCCUACGUGUACUCCCUUAUCCCCAUCCUGUCUACCUUUCCCAGCCCCACACGUCCUCUCUAUUUAUUUCCCAGUUCCCUUCUGUCCCCAUUGCCAAAGGGUCCCAACCCGAAAUGUCAACUUUCCUGCUCCUCUGAUGCUGCCUUGCUUGCUGUGUCCCUCCAGCUCCACACUUGUCUGACUCCAGCAUCUGCUGUUCUUGCUAUCUCCACAUUGAUCAUUGCUUUUCUUUGGUCACUCCCACUCAUUCCAACCUAUAAUUACAAAAAUCCAUCGCCUGUUUUGCAGUCCUCAAAAGUAGAACACAAAAUGAAAAGAAAACACUAAUAACUCAAAAAAGUAAAUCAAUAUUCCAAAAAAUGAACAUAACAUUUCCACAAUACCUUUUGGAUAGCUAUCAAUACAUACUGCAAGUUAAAUACUUAUGACUCUGCAUACGAAACAAAGAACCAAUGAAUUAUUGAAUUUAUAUUUUAAAAAUGAAUAUUUUAAUCUGGCAGUGGGCAACAUGAAACACCUAAAUGUUUGGUUCUAGUUGUGUACUUGUUGCCAGUUCAACUAGUGUAAGGGAAUCAAAUGUGACAGUUGUUGGGUCUGUAGUGUAUGUAACCCUUUGAAUAUCUUGAUAAGUAAAUACUGUAUCACAGCAUCAACCUAAAGUCUAAAUCAAAAUAAUUGUUAUACAGUUAUGAACCAAAAUUAACUUGAUAAUUUACCACAUAAACCAGUAUAUGGGAUUAUAUACAGGACAUUCUGAUGUUUAACACUGUAUAAUUUCAAAAAGAAACUGUGAUAACAUUCUACUAAAAAUCACAUUUUGUAUAGCGUGAUAUUGCACAGCUGAUUUACUGCAGUUUGCAAAAAUCGCCAAAACAACUCGAGCAUGGCGACAAGAUACUGUGUACACUGGUGCCUUUCACAGCAAUAAAACAGUCAUGUCAGUUUUGUGUUUGUGAAAUUGCCACUUUUUAAAUAACUUGGGAACAGCUGGAAGAGACUAUGAGCACUUCGCAGACAUCGGCAGAAAUAGAAUUGCUUUCUGUCCUGGUCCAGUUUUUGGUCCGGGUUUGUACUGUCCAGUUCUUUUGAGAGCAACAUACCAACUUUCAUAUUUCUUUGAACGAUAUGUAUUGUAGUUAUUUGGCUCCAAUCUUUCAUGAAAGAAACAUUCAUCUGUUGGCAAUUUCUGAAAUAGAAAGAAAAGUAAAAUUAUAGUUUGUUUUACCUGAAAACCACAAUGGGGGUUUCUUAAAAAUUAAAAUCUUAUGCAUGGAUAAAUCAAUGUUAUAUAAAGAAUCAAGUCCUGGUCCACUUGUUGUCACAUUUUUACAACUGUAUACAGAUACAAAUGAAAAGUAACCAUAAAAACCCCAUGCACUUUAGUUAACUUUUCAGACAAAUACGAGGCUGUGGAAUUCACUUCUGGGGUUAAUGGCAGAGGCAGAAAAUAUGACAUUUAAGGUUUGGUUGAGUAGGUCAAUGAAACAAAAUGAGAUGUUGAGAAAUGGAACAUGUUUGUCAUAUUUAAGAUGACUAGCUGGUGUCCAUGAUGCAAGUUUGUUGAAGUAUUUAUGUAGAUCCUCCACCUUGCAAUCCCAGGCUCUCAACUUGUACUAAAAGUAAAUUAGCCUACAAAUCAAUUCAACUUCUGUUUCACAAAUUUUGAUGGGCUUUACAAUUCAACUAGGAGGCAUAUUAAACUAAUUGAUAAAAAUAAUGUAUCAUAAAAACUGAGGCUGCAGUGCAUCAUGUCCUGCCACAGUUAUCCCUGAACCUCUAUUUCACACUGCCAUAUUUGGUGCUGACUCCUUUGUGCAACACAGGAGGCGAAAACGUAGUAAAUGGGAUAUAUUUCCUACACUCAUAUCAAUUUUUGUAACCCUGUUUUAGUAUUACAAUGUGAAGAUUUAUAAUGCAAUCCCAUAUGUAAAUAUAAUUAAAAUAUGAGAAAAUGACAAUGUCACUGUUGCAUUUUAAUGAACCACACUAUUCAACUUUAUGCUACUUAUCAUAAUUCAAAUUUCUAACAUCCAACUAAGAGUUCAAACAAUUUGCUUUUAAAUUUGAGUGUACAGAUUCUACAAUAACAAACAUGUUUGUACGAAUGUUAACACCAGGCGCUGCAUCCUAUAUUUUGGCUGCAAGCUUCAUGAAAUUUUACAGAGAUAUUCUCAUGAGACCCAGUAAGAUCACUCGCCAAACUCACCUCAACUAUUUACCAUACCCCUAUUGCCCAUCCACCACUCAUUCUACCACUUGCUGCAUUUGGAACAAAUUACCACAGUUCGGGUAUCCCAGAAUAGAUAGGCAUCCCUGGUGCCAGUGCCAUCCCUCAAAAAGCCAUUGUUCGCUUGGACUGUCACCAGUCUAGACUUGCCCCCCGGUAUCUACUCCAGACACAGCAGACAAGGGAAAAUUGACGCUCCACUUUUUGAACAGGGAUCUGGAGGCCCUGGUUUAUGGGGUGGCGCUGUGGAGUGUGACUUGAAUCAGUCAGUGAUAGAAGGUAUUACAGCUAACAGUGACACUGGCAGAGCAUGAACAAUGGUGGGUGGUUGGCACAAUGACAGAAAUAUAUAGUAAGGUAUUGCAGAGAAGAUGGUGGCACUUACACUGGCAGAAGGGAGGACAACAUUGACCUGCUUCCUUUAGUGGCAGUCAUUCCUACAGAUGGUUUUGUCCACAGUAGGUGGCAACAUUAGAUAAGGCUGGGAUAGUUUGAUGUCAUGGCCUCCAUUGCUGGUCCUGUGGGAGAAGGACACCUACUGCCGCACAACACUAAGCAGCAGAGCCUUCAAGUCCCUAUCCAUAUUCCAGGUCACCAAUUUUACUCAUCUGCCAUGAAUAGGGCAAAUAAAUAAAACCACCGACUAUGGAUGAUGGAAACCUGAAAAACACACUGCUGGCGAAACUCAGCAGGUUUAGCACCAUCUACGGCAAAUAAGCAAAUUCAAUGUUUCAGGUUCUGUGAUCCUUCAUCAGAACAAAUAGCGUAGAUAUCAGGAAACAAGCUGGGCUGCUCUGGACUAAAGUGGAAAUAUCCUAGUUCACAACAACCUUUAAAAGGUGGCAUGGAUGCCAGGAAUGUGGAGGUAAUUCCAGCAUAUCCUGGCAGUGACAAGUUGUUCUAGGCAUGGUGUGAGAUGGGAUGGGGCUAGGAUUAGGCAAAAGAGACACUAUAGAGAUGGAGUAGAUAAUUAAGGUGGUGUUUGGCCAGAUUUUGCAAAAAAAUCCCACUGGGUUGUGCCUUUGAUGCAACUGGCACUAGCCAAACAAAAUGCAACAUUCAGUGCCCUAAAACAAAAAGCAGAUCUGAGCACAUGCAUUGUGUGCAAUUUACAAAGAUAAAUCAGUAACAUUUAAAAGUUAACCAAAUGGUACAAUGCUUCUUCCUCAAUUGCAUUUCAAUUGUUUUUAAACUAGUGCUCCCCUGCUGACCAUGAUUUCAAAGUGAGUAUUUUUUUUAAAAGCCUGAAAAAUUUGAGAGACGAUAUUCAGAUAACUGAACUUGACUGGAGAGUUUUCUCUGCACCCCUACCAACUGACAAGUUGAUCAUCAGCCCACCAACUCAAAAGCCAGCCGUCCUAAAACACAUUCCACGCUAGGAGCAGCAUUGAUUUAUUUAGGGUAAGACUUCCACUAUUUUAUAAAGGUAUUGUUUCUGAAGGAAUGAAUGUUCAUGUCAUAUUGGCUCAGUGUGACACGGUUUGUGUGGAGACAAGCAAUUCUGCUCCAAAUUUGAGCAAGUUGAUGUAUAUUUACUGGCUACUUAAGUUCUUAACAAUCGUGUCUUACCAAAUA